AGCUUGUAGACUGUGACAAGGUUGAUGAAGGCUGUAAUGGAGGGUUACCAUCUCAGGCAUACAAGGAGAUAGAGAGACUUGGUGGUCUUGAAACUGAGGCUGACUAUUCCUACAAGGGUGAAGAUGAGAAAUGUGUCUUCAAGAAGAAAGAUGUGAAAGUUUACAUCAAUGAUUCAGUUUCUAUAUCAUCAGAUGAAGCAGAGAUGGCAUCGUGGCUGGCUGCAAACGGACCAAUCUCUAUUGGUAUCAAUGCCUUUGCUAUGCAGUUUUAUAUGGGAGGAAUCUCUCAUCCCUGGAAGAUAUUCUGUAACCCAAAAAAUCUUGACCAUGGCGUGUUGAUUGUGGGAUAUGGAGUUCAGGACAAUAAGCCUUAUUGGAUAGUUAAGAACAGUUGGGGACCAGACUGGGGUGAAAAGGGUUACUACUUGGUGUACAGAGGAGAUGGUGUUUGUGGUCUUAACACAAUGUGUACGUCUGCUGUGGUGAACUAAUUGAAUGUACAUGUUUGUUGAUUGAUUACAUGAUGACUGAUGGUAUGGUAAUUCUCAUUGGAUGCUGUGUGAUUGAUCAAAAUGAUGGCUGAUAGUACAGCUCUUUUCAUUGGUCACUGUUAUAUAUAUGACUUUUUAGAAUUUUCCUUUACCUGCUGAUCACAUAAUCCUCUGCUGACCAUAUGCAUUUUUAUCCAGACAUAAGUUUCAUUCAAAUUUAUUGUAACUUUUUUCUUUACUAAAUGUAGGUACAAAAAUAAUGUUUAAUUGAAUGUUUAAUUGAAUUUUUCCAAUAUAUACAUGUAUAACAAUUGUGAUAUUUUAUAGAAGUGAUUUUGUAAUUUGAUGGUCUUUUGUAUCCAUAACAUGUUUUGAUAUUUGUUUCAUCAUCUGAACAUACUUGAGCCCAAAAAUGGCUGCUUGUACAGUUGAGGAUUUUCAAAGUCAAGUUUGUGUAUGUUUAUUGAUUGUUUAUUAUGGUAGAUCUGAUGUUUCUGACUUAUUACAUCAGGUCACCUUAGUGCAGUAAUGGAAUAAGUUCUUCUAAAUUUAAUAGGAGUUAACCAGUUAUUGCACUAAGGUUGGAAUUAUUCUCAUUUUGAUAAAUUCAUGUAUAUGUAUUUCUGUAGGUUUUUGUUAUAAAGGUGGUGUGGAUUUGAUAGUGAUCUUUUUAUGCC